AUGGAUGAAUUCAGUUUUCAUAUGGAUGAACCCACAAAGCAUAGAGACAUGGUUCAAUUCUGUCUUAAAACUAUGCAGAGCCAUUUACGGAAGAAUAUAUGUAAUCUACCAAGCCCCGGAACGCGCAGGACAGAGAUCGACCCUCAGCGUAUCCGCCAGUAUUUCCCACCGGAAUUACGACACUCCUGUCGCUACUGGAUAUCUCACCUGGAACAAAGCCAGUCUUUACCUAUUGAGGUGGAGGAUAUCCUAAACUUCCUCCGGGAGCAUUUUCUGCACUGGGUGGAAGCCAUGUGUUUGCUGGGUCUGAUAUCGGAGGCUGUGAGUAUGCUUGGUGUCCUCCAUACCUUGAUACUGGACAAUGGUAGCAAUUCUUCAGUGUCGGAUUUCAUAUACGACAUAAGAUGCUUUGUUCUUAAAUACCGUCAAAUUGCCGAUCAAGCACCUCUUCAAAUUUAUUGGGCCGGGUUGCUUUUUGCACCUCGAACAACAAUGAUCCGUGAAGAGUUCCAGUCAGAGCUCCCUAGCUGGGUCUGCCAGUUCGAACAAGUCAAAGAAAAAUGGGGUCCAGAAAUGCAGACUCUCGAGAGUAAUUCGAUGUCUGUUUCCUCGGUAGCCUUCUCGCCCGACGGCAAGUUGCUAGCGUCUGGCUCCACAGGUGAUACUGUGCAUAUCUGGGACACUGCGACGGGGGGGCCUACAGCAGACUCUCAAAGUGAUCACACUAUACAACUCUGGGAUAUAGCGACAGGCAGUAUACGGUAUACUCUCAAGGGUCAUUCGAGCUAUGUUACCUCAGUAGCCUUCUCGCCAGAUGGCCAACUACUGGUGUCUGGCUCUGGUGAUAAUACUGUGCGGCUCUGGGAUACAGCGACUGGUCGUCUAAAGCAGACAAUCGAGGGCCAUACGCAUGGAGUUGAGUCAGUAGCCUUCUCGCCUAACGGCCAACUACUUGCGUCUGGCUCGAAACAAGAUCCAGUGGAACUUUGGGAUACAGAGACAGGAAGCGGACUGAAUUCUUUCUCUUUAGACUGGCUUAUUGGGGUAGCCUCCUCACUAGCUUUCUCAUUCGAUAGCCAGCUACUCGCAUGCGGUUCUAAUGAGAAUAUUAUCCAUAUCUGGGAUAUAGCAACGGGUGAUGUAAAGCAUCGGCUCAAGGGUCAUCUAGGCUGGGUCUUCUCAGUGGCCUUCUCACCGAACGGCCAGCUAUUAGCCUCUGGAUCCUUUGAUAAAACCAUAAAGCUAUGGGACACAGCAACAGGUAGCCUACAGCAGACUCUCAAGGGUCAUUUGGACCACGUUACCUCAGUAGCGUUCUCGCCUGAUGGUCGGCUGCUAGGAUCCAGCUCUGACGACGAAACGCUUCGAAUCUGGGAUGUGAGCAGCUUGAGCCUACAGCAGGCACAUAAGGACCAGUCAGGCUGUGUUGCAUCCAUAGCCACUUUGCCCGAUAAACGGGUAGAACUGGGUUGGGUCACCUCAGUUGUCUUCUCGCCUAAUGGCCAACAGCUAGCGGCCUGCCCUAACGACAAUACCGUGCAACUCUGGGACAUAUCAACGAGAAGCCUGCAGCAAACUCUCAAGGGCCAUUCAGAUUGGAUUCGUUUAGUGAUCUUCUCACCUAACAGUCAACGGUUGGCAUCCGCCUCUUGCGACAAUACCAUCCGGCUAUGGGACACAGCGACAGGUAGCCUACAGCAUACUUUCGAGGGUCAUUCAGAUCGGAUUCGCUUAAUAGCCUUCUCACCAGAUGGUCAACUACUAGCAUCAUGCUCAUCUGAUAAUAAAAUCUGGCUCUGGGAUGUCCGGACAGGCAACCUACAGCAAACUCUGAACGGCCAUACAAGCUGUGUCGAGUCAAUAGCCUUCUCUCCCGAUGGCCAGCUAUUAGCUUCUGGCUCUUACGAUAAGACUAUAAGUCUUUGGGAUAUAGCUGCAGGCAAUAUAAAGCAGACACUCAAGGGCCAUGCAUACCACAUCAAUUCAGUGGCCUUCUCGCCACAUGGUCAGCUUCUAGCUUCAGGCUCUUAUGAUAAGACUAUACGGCUCUGGGAUAUAGCUACAGGUAGCUUUCAGACACUCGAGGGCGAUUCAAGCCCCAUUACGUUGGUAGCGUUCUCGCCGAAUGGCCGACUACUAGCGUCUACCUCUUCCGAUGACACUUUAAGACUCUGGGACACGGUGACAGGCAGCUUGCAACAUUCCUUCAACACUGAUGGAACUGUUUCUAAACUCGAGUUUUCUGUUUGCGGAUCAUUUAUAAUCACAAACCUGGGCAGCCUCGAUGUUCGAUCUGGACAUGACUCCGAGUCGGAGAAUCAUACCUCUGCCUCAACAGCGAUCUUUGUUCACAAUAAAAAGUGGAUAAGCGUUAAUGGCAGAGAUGUACUAUGGCUUCCUCCUGAUUUUCGGCCUCACUGUUCUGCAAUCGAUGGAAGUUUACUUGUCUUUGGGCACACCUCCGGGGAUGUUUCUUUUAUAAAUGUUCAACCAUAG